AUGGCUGUUAUCGAAAUUCAAUCAGAAGACCAGUUCACAGAAUUAACAAACGAAGCUCCAAAAGAUAAGCUUAUAGCAAUUUAUUUUCAUACUCCUUGGGCUGCUCCAUGUAUUCAAAUAAAUUCAGUCUACGCACAAUUAUCCGAAUCAAAUCCACAAUCAACAUUCAUUUCAGUUAAUGCUGAUGAACAUCCAGAUAUAUCAGAAUUAUUUGAAGUCAGUGCUGUUCCAUAUUUCAUUUUAAUUAGAGAUGAUACCAUUCUAAAAGAAUUAUCAGGCGCUGAUCCAAAAGAAUUUAUCGCCGCUUUAAAUGAAUUACAAACAACUUCAACAUCAGCUCAACCACAAUCCACUCAAACUCAACCACAAACUAUCGCACAACCACCACAACCACCUCAAGAAGAAGAAGAAGAAUCACCAGAAGCGUUGAAUGCACGUUUAAAACAAUUGACCGAAGCCGCACCUGUUAUGUUAUUCAUGAAAGGUACACCAGCAGCUCCUCAAUGUGGGUUCUCUCGUCAAUUAGUUGCCAUUUUAAGAGAACAUCAAGUCAGAUUUGGUUUCUUUGAUAUCUUGAAAGAUGACAGUGUUAGACAAGGUUUAAAGACAUUUUCAGACUGGCCAACUUUCCCUCAAUUAUACGUUGGUGGUGAAUUCCAAGGUGGUUUAGAUAUCAUCAAGGAAUCUAUUGAAGAUGAUCCAAAUUUCUUCAAGAGCGCACUUGAAGCUUGA